AAGUGCCAAGCCUGGUAAACGAUUCAAUUUCGCUUGGUUGGUUCAACCAGAGCACUAAGGCUGACUCGGUUGUAUUUGAUAUUUCUAGAAUAUUUGGGAGAAAAGGAAAACAAGUUAUUAAAGCAGUGACCUCAAAUACAAGGCUUUCGGUAAGAUGAAGUCUGUGUAUGUGAUUACUUUUGUUUUUCUUAUCGCUCUCUGCAACGGCGCAAAGUUUCCAUUCCGACAGAGGGACCGAGGUGGCGCUGAUGUCAAAGAAUACGAUGAAGAAGUGAACGCGAUGAUGGAAUUGACAAUGCCAGUUCCCGUAACAGACGAACCAGAAGAAGAGCCAUCAGAGGGUAAAAUCCCAGUUGAGGAGGCCAUAAUUCCAGUUACUGCAAACUAUCUUGGUUCCGAAUCCAACCCAGAGUCAUCCGAAGGUGAGAUCGUAGUUGAGGAGACCAUUGCUCCUGUGAUAAUGACUGCUAACCCUAAUGGCGCUGAAUCCAACCCAGCGUGCGGGUUCUGUCGUGGUAUGUUUGGAGGCUGUUAUUGUGAAGACGUGGAAUGGUGCCGAGAAAUACCGUGUGAAGUAAAGCAGGAGUGUGAUGAAAAAUGUCCCAUGGAGUGAAAAUUUCAAGCUCAAGGGUUUUUUUUUUUCUACUUUAGUAGAUAGAUGCAGGUGAAACCAAAACAAAUUUCGUGGUCACUUCUUUGAUUUAAAAUGCCCAUUUCGAAAAGUACGGUCAUUGCUAAAGCUGGGGGUUUCAAAUAGGCCAUCAUGUGGCUCUUUCUGAGAGUUGAUUUCAAUGAAAUAUGACUCACAAUUUCUGCAUUGAAAAGUGGGUAGUGCAUGUUAUUAGAGGGUUGAGAAAUAAAGUUGACACUAAAAAAGUAGUUUACUGAUUAAUCAAUAAAAUUGCAUUGCCUAU